UGUUGCGUUCGAACACAGUCCCAAAAAGGCACUCAGAACAGCUUAGCCCGCCCACCAGAACGGAGCAGUCCUAGAACAGUAGGAACACAACUUGAUAACUCUAGUCGAAAAUCCAAAAUUUUGAAAGUGCAUUCGAUUAGAAUUUUUGUGCGCGCAUUUUUGUGGGAAUUUUCAACAAAACAGCCCAAAAAGAUUUAAAUUUUCUCCGAUCUAAUUUCGUUUGAUUGCCGUCGCGCGUGAGCAGAUAUCAAAAUUGGCCUAAUUUAACAACCGCAACGAAUAUCUUGAAAACCAUAAAUAUUUAGCCAGAGCUAAGAUCAAACGAAAUUUUCCUGGCCAAUUACCAAUUGGUAACGUGAUAACGUUUUAUGUGAGAAAGAAAUUGUUACGAGACAAAAGAGAAACAAAAUAAACGUGACUUAUUUGCAUUUGGUGGCAUUUAACGCGUAUUCGCAAACCGUGCGAUUUACAUUUUGUGGAUAAAUCAAGCUCAACGAUAUAACUGAAUGAUGAAAGCCACAGCGUGGUUUUGCCCGGUGUUAUUGACUUUACUCAGCGCCACAAGGCUCGUGUGUACCGCACAGCGUGGUGCGGCAGCAACAACGGGCGGAGCAGAAGGCGGAGGCGCCGCAGCAGCAGCAGCAGUAGCAGCAGCAGCAGCAGCAUUGGCAGCUGGCAGCGCUGGGUAUGCCAACGGAUAUCCUCUGGACUAUCUGGAUGCACAGACCAUACAGGAUGAGUAUUCUUUGGUAAAGCGGAAUAAGCCCUCGUUGUCCAUUGUCAAUCCGCUGGAUGUGCUGCGCCAGCGGCUGCUUCUGGAAAUUGCGCGCAGGCAAAUGAAGGAAAACACGCGGCAGGUUGAAUUGAAUCGAGCCAUACUGAAGAACGUGGGCAAACGUGUAUUUUUGGAGCCGGCAACUUGGGGAAAUACUCACUACCAGCAGCACCAGCAGCAACUGGAGCGACAGCAGGAGGCAUGGCGGGAGCAACUGCGUCGCGAACAGCUGCAGCAGCAGCAUUUCCCAAGUCAACUGUGGAGAUUUGGCUGGCCCCAGUCCACCACCGGCACCAGCACCGGCACCAGCUCCGUCUCCGGCUCCGGCUCCGGCUCAGGCACACCCUCGGCCUCGUCUCACAUUUUUGAUUUUCUGCAGCAACCUGCAACACGACCAAGACAGCAAACGGCCGCACAGCAGCUGCUCGACGAUACCAACAAAUCCCUAAACACCCUCGGCACCCUCGGACUGGGAGUGGCUAAACAUCCCCAGCAGCAGCAACAGCAGCCGGAGCAGACAAACGGAAAUGAAAUUGCAAACGAAACAAAUCAUGAAAACGGCCAUCGCAAAUCGUUGCCAGUUGGCAAAAGCGCAACUGGUGUUGUAAACGACGAAGACGCUGAUCCUGACGAGGAACAGGACCAAGACGAUUUGCUGGAUGACCUUAACUUGAACUGGGGCAACGAGCAGUCGGAUGACUUGGAAAGCGUACCGGAAGCGGCCAAUGCAAACGGGCAACUGCCUUGGCAUCUCAUCUAUCGCGUGCACAAGAAUCCGCACUAUGCUAAUUAAGUGACAGUCGCGAAGAAUACAGAUACAGAUACACAUACACUCACACAGACACAUACACAAACAGACAGACACACAGACAGCUUUAGUGUUUAAAAUAGACGUUAGUAGUUGCUAAAUUGACGGUUCCUAAAUGGCUGGCUUUAAGACAGGCAUAUUGUGUGUGCAACCCUCCGAUGAACAAAACGAACUCCUCCCCACCAACAUCUAACGCGACCCGUUGCUUGAAUAUACUCAAUGCUGACACUCACACUCGCGCACUCACUAUUUGAAUUUCGUAUUCGCAUUCGUAUUCGUAUUUGUAUUUGUAUUUGUAACUAAGUGAAUGGUCUAUGUAACAAUUCAUGCUACCUCUUUCUCAGAUGCUCUCGAAUAUUAAACACGAAACGAACGUUCCCUUAACUCCGCCGGGUCCUUGUAUCCGGCCCUAAGUACUACGUAAUUAUACUCGACAAAUUGUAUUUAUUGACUAGCAAAAAGUUUAACAAAAAUAUACA